AUGAAUUCAAACACACGCUGGCAAUUUAAUCCAUUUGAUCAGACUCAACCGUUAAAAAAACAUGAAUCUCAAGUUCAGCCUGGUUUGCCACGUGUCCAGAGUUUAACUGAACUGCAAGGACCACAGCCUAAUCCGGUUCUACGUCCAACUCGACCACCUGUGGAUCGAAUAUGUAAAGAUGUGCCCUUUCCUCUUGUACAAAAACUUCGUAUUGAUGAAUUAUUUGAUUUUCGACAUGGCGAAAAAAUCAAUAUUGAUCUUCUAGUACAUCAUCUAAAAAACGAAGGUCGGCUAGCUGAUUCAACAUGGCGUCAUCUUUUAUAUCAAGCUAAAGCUCUUCUUGUUCAAGAACCUAAUAUUGUACCUGUUUCGUAUGGUUGUACAAUUGUUGGAGAUAUUCAUGGACAAUAUUAUGAUCUUUUAACAAUAUUUGAGUUAGGUGGUCCAAUUGGUCAACAAACUUAUGUUUUUUUGGGUGAUUAUGUUGAUCGUGGUUCGUUCUCGUGCGAGUGUCUUUUUCUCCUUUUAGCUCUUAAAAUCAAUCAUCCACGAUCGAUUAUUCUAUUACGUGGAAAUCACGAAUCACGUCAAAUGACUCAAGUAUUUACAUACAAAAAAGAAUGCCAAGUUAAAUAUUCUCUUGAUCUCUGGUAUGAAUCGAUGUUACUAUUUGAUUGUUUGCCAAUAUGUGCCUUGAUUGAUGAACGAUUUCUUUGUAUGCAUGCCGGAUUAUCUCCACAUCUACAAUCGCUUAACGAUAUUGUUAAAUUGAAUCGUUUUCAAGAAAUACCAUCAGAAGGACCAUUUUGUGAUCUGAUGUGGUCUGAUCCACAUCCACAAUUCGCUAAUCGCCAAACACUUCCAUGGGUAUUCAACAAACAACGAAAUUGUUCAUUCUGUUUUAAUUAUAGUGUAUGUGAACGUUUUCUGAUUGAAAAUCGUAUCUUAGCUGUUAUUCGCGCACAUGAAGUAGUACCGACCGGCUUAAAAUUUUUCGAAAAAGGCUCAUUAUCUCAAUUUCCAGUACUCAUCAGUUUGUUUUCAGCACCAAACUAUUGUGAUGUAUAUAAUAACACGGCAGCUAUCAUCGUCUAUGAUCAUCGACGAAAUUUUCGCCCAGUACAUUAUCGUCAUCGUCCGCAUCCGUUUGUUUUACCAAAUCAUGAAAAUGGUUUUGAAUUUGGUCAUCGAUUAAUGAAAACCUACGUUCAGGAAAUUAUUCUUGCGUUAAUCCAAGGUUAUACAAAGUCCCUCAGUCGCACCGAUCGUGACGAUGUAACUACAGAAAAAUUAAAAACGAAAGAGCAAAUGUUGAAUGAACACACGCAUAAGUGUCGACGAAUGAAUAAAAUGAAUAUUCAAUUAGGUAAUUUAGCACCAUCGGAGCAUUUACAAGCGAAAGCACUUCAUAAUGAAAAUGUUUUUGAUCAAGCAACAACUUCACUUAAUAAAUCUCUGGUAGAAAAUGAUCCUGUAUUAGCAUUUGAUUCGGCAUCAAAAAUUGAUGCGUUGUAUGAAGAACGAGUUUAUUAA